GGGGCGCGGGCUUUCGCUUUCAGUCGAGGGCUCGCGAGCGCAGCGGAGCCUGGAGAGAAGGCGCUGGGCUGCGAGGGCGCGAGGGCGCGAGGGCAGGGGGCAACCGGACCCCGCCCGCACCCAUGGCGCCCGUCGCCGUCUGGGCCGCGCUGGCCGUCGGACUGGAGCUCUGGGCUGCGGCGCACGCCUUGCCCGCCCAGGUGGCAUUUACACCCUACGCCCCAGAGCCCGGGAGCACAUGCCGGUUCAGAGAAUACUAUGACCAGACAGCUCAGAUGUGCUGCAGCAAGUGCCCGCCGGGCCAACAUGCAAAAGUCUUCUGUACCAAGACCUCGGACACCGUGUGUGACUCCUGUGAGGACAGCACAUACACCCAGCUCUGGAACUGGGUUCCCGAGUGCUUGAGCUGUGGCUCCCGCUGUAGCUCUGACCAGGUGGAAACUCAAGCCUGCACUCGGGAACAGAACCGCAUCUGCACCUGCAGGCCCGGCUGGUACUGCGCGCUGAGCAAGCAGGAGGGGUGCCGGCUGUGCGCGCCGCUGCGCAAGUGCCGCCCGGGCUUCGGCGUGGCCAGACCAGGAACUGAAACAUCAGACGUGGUGUGCAAGCCCUGUGCCCCGGGGACGUUCUCCAACACCACUUCAUCCACGGAUAUUUGCAGGCCCCACCAGAUCUGUAACGUGGUGGCCAUCCCUGGGAAUGCAAGCAUGGAUGCAGUCUGCACGUCCACGUCCCCCACCCGGAGUAUGGCCCCAGGGGCAGUACACUUACCCCAGCCAGUGUCCACACGAUCCCAACACACGCAGCCAACUCCAGAACCCAGCACUGCUCCAAGCACCUCCUUCCUGCUCCCAAUGGGCCCCAGCCCCCCAGCUGAAGGGAGCACUGGCGACUUCGCUCUUCCAGUUGGACUGAUUGUGGGCCUGACAGCCUUGGGUCUACUAAUAAUAGGAGUGGUGAACUGUGUCAUCAUGACCCAGGUGAAAAAGAAGCCCUUGUGCCUGCAGAGAGAAGCCAAGGUGCCUCACUUGCCUGCCGAUAAGGCCCGGGGUACACAGGGCCCCGAGCAGCAGCACCUGCUGAUCACAGCCCCAAGCUCCAGCAGCAGCUCCCUGGAGAGCUCGGCCAGUGCGUUGGACAGAAGGGCGCCCACUCGGAACCAGCCACAGGCACCAGGCGUGGAGGCCAGUGGGGCCGGGGAGGCCCGGGCCAGCACCGGGAGCUCAGGACUGUCAGACUGCAUGUACAGACAUUGUCUUCUCCUGUCUCCCACGCCAGGCUGUGGCACACCUGAUUCUUCCCCUGGUGGCCAUGGGACCCAGGUCAAUGUCACCUGCAUCGUGAACGUCUGUAGCAGCUCUGACCACAGCUCACAGUGCUCCUCCCAAGCCAGCUCCACAAUGGGAGACACAGAUUCCAGCCCGUCGGAGUCCCCGAAGGACGAGCAGGUCCCCUUCUCCAAGGAGGAAUGUGCCUUUCGGUCACAGCUGGAGACGCCAGAGACCCUACUGGGGAGCACCGAAGAGAAGCCCCUGCCCCUUGGAGUGCCCGAUGCUGGGAUGAAGCCCAGUUAACCAGGCUGGUGUGGGCUGUGUCGUAGCCAAGGUGGGCUGAGCCCUGGCAGGAUGACCCUGCGAAGGGGCCCUGGUCCUUCCAGGCCCCCACCACUAGGACUCUGAGGCUCUUUCUGGGCCAAGUUCCUUUAGUGCCCUCCACAGCCGCAGCCUCCCUCUGACCUGCAGGCCAAGAGCAGAGGCAGCGAGUUGUGGAAAGCCUCUGCUGCCACGGUGUGUCCCUCUCGGAAGGCUGGCUGGGCAUGGACGUUCGGGGCAUGCUGGGGCAAGUCCCUGACUCUCUGUGACCUGCCCCGCCCAGCUGCACCUGCCAGCCUGGCUUCUGGAGCCCUUGGGUUUUUUGUUUGUUUGUUUGUUUGUUUGUUUCUCCCCCUGGGCUCUGACCCAGCUCUGGCUUCCAGAAAACCCCAGCAUCCUUUUCUGCAGAGGGGCUUUCUGGAGAGGAGGGAUGCUGCCUGAGUCACCCAUGAAGACAGGACAGUGCUUCAGCCUGAGGCUGAGACUGCGGGAUGGUCCCGGGGCUCUGUGCAGGGAGGAGGUGGCAGCCCUGUAGGGAACGGGGUCCUUCAGGUUAGCUCAGGAGGCUUGGAAAGCAUCACCUCAGGCCAGGUGCAGUGGCUCACGCCUAUGAUCCCAGCACUUUGGGAGGCUGAGGUGGGUGGAUCACCUGAGGUUAGGAGUUCGAGACCAGCCUGGCCAACAUGGUAAAACCCCAUCUCUACUAAAAGUACAGAAAUUAGCCGGGCGUGGUGGCGGGCACCUAUAGUCCCAGCUACUCAGAAGCCUGAGGCUGGGAAAUCGUUUGAACCCGGGAAGCGGAGGUUGCAGGGAGCCGAGAUCAUGCCACUGCACUCCAGCCUGAGCGACAGAGCGAGAGUCUGUCUCAAAAGAAAAAAAAAGCACCACCUCCAAAUGCUAACUUGUCCUUUUGUACCAUGGUGUGAAAGUCAGAUGCCCAGAGGGCCCAGGCAGGCCACCAUAUUCAGUGCUGUGUCCUGGGCAAGAUAACGCACUUCUAACUAGAAAUCUGCCAAUUUUUUAAAAAAGUAAGUACCACUCAGGCCAACAAGCCAACGACAAAGCCAAACUCUGCCAGCCACAUCCAACCCCCCACCUGCCAUUUGCACCCUCCGCCUUCACUCCGGUGUGCCUGCAGCCCCGCCCCUCCUUCCUUGCUGUCCUAGGCCACACCAUCUCCUUUCAGGGAAUUUCAGGAACUAGAGAUGACUGAGUCCUCGUAGCCAUCUCUCUCCUCCUACCUCAGCCUAGACCCUCCUCCUCCCCCAGAGGGGUGGGUUCCUCUUCCCCACUCCCCACCUUCAAUUCCUGGGCCCCAAACGGGCUGCCCUGCCACUUUGGUACAUGGCCAGUGUGAUCCCAAGUGCCAGUCUUGUGUCUGCGUCUGUGUUGCGUGUCGUGGGUGUGUGUAGCCAAGGUCGGUAAGUUGAAUGGCCUGCCUUGAAGCCACUGAAGCUGGGAUUCCUCCCCAUUAGAGUCAGCCUUCCCCCUCCCAGGGCCAGGGCCCUGCAGAGGGGAAACCAGUGUAGCCUUGCCCGGAUUCUGGGAGGAAGCAGGUUGAGGGGCUCCUGGAAAGGCUUAGUCUCAGGAGCAUGGGGAUAAAGGAGAAGGCAUGAAAUUAUCUAGCAGAGCAGGGGCAGGGUGAUAAAUUGUUGAUAAAUUCCACUGGACUUGAGCUUGGCAGCUGAACUAUUGGAGGGUGGGAGAGCCCAGCCAUUACCAUGGAGACAAGAAGGGUUUUCCACCCUGGAAUCAAGAUGUCAGACUGGCUGGCUGCAGUGACGUGCACCUGUACUCAGGAGGCUGAGGGGAGGAUCACUGGAGCCCAGGAGUUUGAGGCUGCAGCGAGCUAUGAUCGCGCCACUACACUCCAGCCUGAGCAACAGAGUGAGACCCUGUCUCUUAAAGAAAAAAAAGUCAGACUGCUGGGGCUGGCCAGGUUUCUGCCCACAUUGGACCCACACGAGGACGUGAUGGAGCGCACCUGCCCCCUGGUGGACAGUCCUGGGAGAACCUCAGGCUUCCUUGGCAUCACAGGGCAGAGCCGGGAAGCGAUGAAUUUGGAGACUCUGUGGGGCCUUGGUUCCCUUGUGUGUGUUGAUCCCGAGACAAUGAAAGUUUGCACUGUAUGCUGGACAGCAUUCCUGCUUAUCAAUAAACCUGUUUGUUUUA